UUCAACAUGGCGACCAUGACACACAGACGACCGUGCUUGGAGCUAUUUUUGCUUGUUUUCGUAGCCUGUAUAUUACAACCUGGAUAUUCUGAGACUCUCCCAGAGUUAAGUGUUGUGCAGAAGUGGGCCGAGAAGUUGGAUAAUGACUUUGAAAAAGUUGCUGUGGAUGGUACAGGCAGUACAGUGCUGACAAAGAAUUAUCAGAGAUUCUAUGAUGAAAGGAUCGUGAAGUUUGGCACAGUGAACAGUAUGACCUUGGUAACCGAGAUGGCCGAGAAGCUGACCACAAUGUUGGGUGGAAAAAUGGAGUCUCUUCGGAGAUCAGUUUCGCUGGCAGAGAAAGCCGCUGCUAACCAUACGUGGGAUCCAACCCUCAAGCUGGGUAACGUCGACUACUGGAACUCCAAGGAACCUGGUCAGCUGCUGGACCACCUGGAAUACAGCGAAAGGUUCAAACAGCAGAUCAAUGCCACCCGCUCCAGUGUCCACAUCCCCGUCGAGAUAUAUGAGGGAGACAUUCACAUUCUGAACGGCUUGAUGUGGUCGGACCACUUAGACACGGUAUUCGAGGAGAACUACCAGCAAGAUGACGACAUUCUGUGGCAGUACUUUGGCAGUCAGACCGGCUUCAUGAGAACAUUCCCAGGGAGUUUGUGGACAACACCUGAUGACGAGGUAGACCUGUAUGACGUCAGACGCAGACCCUGGUACACCCAGGGCUCGAGCUCUCCCAAGGACAUGCUCAUCCUCAUCGACAGGAGCGGAAGUGUCCACGGCAAAACCCUACAGCUGGUCAAGGUCGCAGUCAAGUCAAUCCUGGACACACUCGGAGAGAACGACUUUGUACAGAUCAUUAUGUUUUCAACUGAAGCUGACUAUGUGAGCUGUUUUAAAACGUUUGUGCAAGCUAAUUAUAGAAACAAGAAGCUCCUGGGGAAAGCUGUUGAUGCUCUGACAGCAAAUGGCAUGGCAAAUUUCAAAGUUGGCCUCAACUUUGCAUUUGAACAGUUUGAAAAGUUUGAGGACAAGUUUGCAGAUAUGAACAGAUCAUCAGCAGGAGAGGGUGCGGACUGCAACAAGAUGAUCAUGUUGUUGACUGAUGGAGGCACUGACAUGGCGGAGGAGGUGUUCAAGGAGCGUAACUGGGGCCGUGACCGCAUGAUUCGAGUAUUCACUUACGCUGUGGGCCAAACUGCCAACUCGGUAAAGGACAUCAAGUGGAUGUCUUGUGCUAACAGAGGCCGUUUCUCCGAGAUUCCAGCUAUGGGUGCUAUCCGAGCUAAAGUACAGGAAUAUGUGGAUGUGAUUGCCCGCCCUCUUGCUCUCAAACAUAUAGAACUGGAAAAAUGGACGAGUAGUUACUUGGGGAUGUAUAGAUCAAUGGGACUAGGUAUGAUGACCACUGUGACGCUUCCUGUAUAUAAUCGUACAAUUGGCGCAUCUAACCAGACGAUCCUAGGAGUGAUGGGUAUAGAUGUGACUACAGCACAGAUGGAGCAGUUCUCUCCAUCUUGGAAGCUUGGUCCAAAUGGAUACACCUUUGCCAUCAAUACCAAUGGCUAUGUGAUAUUUCACCCCCUCCUCAAGAUCAAUCAUUACCUUAAAGAUCCUCCAAAUAUGGACUUCCUUGACUUAGAGGUGGAGAACGACAUGACAGUCCUGCUGCGCAAAGAUAUGAUUGAUCACGUAAUUAACUCCAUGACGAUCGAAACCUAUGUGAAAUCACCAGAUGAGAGACACGUCGAUGUGGAGAAGAGAAACUAUUCCUACACUGUAAUCAAUGGUACCAACUUCAGUUUGGGAAUAAGUCUGCCUCUCUACCAAAAGCGAUUUCCACAGUUGGAGGGAAAUGCGUGUAAUAUAACUGAUAUGAAUUUCACACAUUCCGAAGUUCUGGUUGCACCCUGGGAUUACUAUGAAGGAAUGAGCAGUAAUAACCUGACAGGGUUUUUAGCUGACCUCCACAAAGUCCUCAAGCUCAAACAGAGGUGUGAGAACCUCCAAUUUGCGGAUGGCAUUAAAGUUGACAUGGAUAAGGUAAAACACUUACACUGGGACAUGCAGAUGGCCAAGCUGUUUGACAUCUACUGGACCGACAUGGCAGCCUAUCCUCAUGUCAUGAACAAAAGCACAUCCGAUAAUGACACAUCAUUUAACACUACUGAUGUACAAGUGGUGGCACAUUUCAUGGGAACCGCAAGUGGAAUCACCACAGUCUUUCCCAAAAGUGAGGCUGGUCUAUUGGAGAAAGACCGAGAUACCUGGAAGGCAAUCUACUACCGACGUUCCCUGGACACCUCAAAGUCUGUGUUCAGUGUCGACUACACACUGGGCAAGAGGAGUGUCAAUGAGAGUGUCCCCAACAUCCGAAUCACCAGGUCCAUCACCAUGGAUAUAUCCGGCGAUACUUACAAACCGGCAGUGGCGGGUCUUUUUAUCUCGCACGAGACCAUAGUAGAUGUGAUGCUGAAGACUAUUGAGAAGAAUACCAAGUCCGGUACUUUGAGCUGUAGUGAUACAGCAGAAAUGUUGUGCUAUCUACUGGAUGACGGAGCUUUCCUGAUCGCUACGAACCAGCCAGAUAAAGAGACAGAAAUUGGCCGAUUCUUUGGUCAUGUGGAUGCUGGAUUGAUGAGUGCUUUGUACAACGAGACAUAUUUGAGACUUGAGCAGUAUGACUACCAGGCGACAUGCUCUAAGAGUGAUGAUGGCAGUAACAGUGCGGCUUCUCUGUCAUUUAGAAUUCCGUCCAUUAACCUUUUGUUUGACCUCUUGACCGUAAACUGGUUCAGCAGCUUCUGGACGUGGACUGCAUUUAACUUCAAUCUAUUCAGCUGGCUGUCCCCACAGACAUAUGCAGCUUCUGUGGAGAUCCCAGAGGAGAUGAUCCAAUCAACCGACGAAACAGACCACUGUAUAAAGAAGCAGGCCCAAUACUACUUCAGUGAUAAGCUGGGAACUGGUGCCUUCAAAGAUACCAUCUACCCUUGUGACAAGAACUGUACUAGGGACUUCUAUGCUGUCCGCUUUGUGAAGACCAAUCUUCUGUUGUUGGUUGCCACUCCUGAAUGUCCUGACUGUGUGUCUACAGCUGACAGUGAGAGACUCAUACAGGAGCCACGCAGGGAUGAGGGCCCCGAUUACUGUAAUAUGAAGCCACGCUACAGGAACAACCCAGAGAAAUGUUACGACUACGAUGAGAAGGAGGAUACAACCAAAUGCAGCGGAUCGUAUUCACGCCCGGUGUCUGCUGCUGUCAUCGCCAUAGCAACGAUAGCAUCGCUUUUGUCUGCAUUUUUGUUGACCGACAGAUAAUGCACACAGCAGAUGGUGUAACAUUGGUUUUAAAUCAAGGACGCAAAUUGAACUUCCCAAAGGAUAUUUAUGUGGAUAUCUAGCCGGGACUCUUUACAAUGACAUCUAGCUACUUACUGUGGCGUCAUAAUGAAUUCCUGUCCAUGAAUUCAGACCAAGAACUGUACACAGAGAUGUGAACACGGUAACAACACUGAAAUAGUGCUUGAAACAUGCGAUUCUCACAAAACAGGUGUGAAAAUAUGUGUUUGAGUGCUUCAUAUAUAAACACGAGAGAUCAAGGGAUGAAACGCCGUAAGUGGUGGUCGAUAUAAUCCUUCUCCAGAAGAAACAGUGUACUUGGUAUACAAAAAGAAUGUACUAAGUAUGCUUUAACAUUGUGGUUUCUAAAAGAAAUCAAUGUCUGUGCCAGAUCUACCACUUGUAGGGUUGUGGUACCUGUAUAUUUUGGAGAGAAAUCAACCUCAAGUUACGAUAAACAGGAGUACAUGUGUUUAGAGUGAAGUGUGCGGUAGUAUAGUGUGCUAGGAUAAGACUCUGUGAUGGAGAUAUCAGCUACUGUACAUGUGUUAAUGUUGUGUAUAAGAGUGCGACACCUAUCAUUCCAGUAAACCUUGUACAAGUUCCUGUAGGCCAAAGAGGCUGUUUGUGAUUCCAGUCAUCAUACUUUCCCGUAUACUCUCAAUAUGUCAUUCCAGAACAUCACACUUUUUAUUUUCCGAAAUCAAAGCCCAUUCUUUCACUUGCUAUUCACAUAAAGAAGAUUUACUUUUAUGCAGAGUGAUUGAACAUGAUUUAAUUAAUUCAUUCACCCCUACAUUUUUAAAAUGGACUUGCCCAGCCUUUGAUUUGGUAAGGUUCAAAUUUGACCUGAGGGGGUGGAAAGUUCAUCAGAUCGUACCUCAGGGUAACCAUACCCUGACACCAUCCUUAACAAGCUAUACCUAUAAACGUGGCAGUCUCUUUUAGUGAUCUUCGUUAUCUCGGACAGUGAUUGAAAUUGAAUUACCGAUAUUUUAAAAAUUGAUACAAUCACAUAACAGAAAGUUAUAACGAGUUAGCUUUUACUAGACUAUUGCUAAAAUGUGCAACAUUGUGACCCAUUAUGGUUGCGAGCUGAUGGUCAAAUUUUGUACUUGGAGUUUAACAUGUUUUUGAACUGUAAUUGUGAUACAUAUGACACAUAGCAAGAUGAUGUACCUCUGUAACCAAAACACCACUAUACCAAGUGUUCAAUGUUCACACGUAGGUAACAAGAAAUAGAGUGGAUUACCCACAAUGCUUGGUUACACCCAUUAGCAGGUUGUGUGUUAAUGUCAAGGGUAGGCAUAUCUGAUUGUUAUUUGAUGUAGAGAGUCUGCGGGAGAAAAAUCGUCCUUACUGUGUGGUGUGUGGGUACAACAUCCAGAGUGUUGAUGGCAGGGGAGGAAUUAGAGGCUCUGUGUGAUGUUCAUACAGGAUCUGGAGUCUGUGGGAAAUGAACCAUCAGUUUUGUGUGAAGUUUUAUGAGAAUUGAAAUGUGGCCAGUUAACGAAUCGAGGAUCUGGAGUCUUAAGUAGACUGGCUGUCAGUACUGUGUGAUUUUUAUACAGGAUCAGGAGUGUGUCUGGGUGAGGAGUGACAAGUACUGUGUGAUGUUAAACAGCAUCCGGAGUGUGUCUGGGUGAGGAGUGACAAGUACUGUGUGAUGUUUAUACUGGAUCAGGAGUGUGUCUGGGUGAGGAGUGACAAGUACUGUGUGAUGCUUAUACAGGAUCAGGAGUGAGUCUGGGUGAGGAGUGACAAGUACUGUGUGAUGUUUAUACAGCAUCAGGAGUGUGUCUGGGUGAGGAGUGACAAGUACUGUGUGAUGUUAUACAGCAUCCGGAGUGUCUGAGACAGACAAAUCAUCGCCACUGUAUAUUGAGUUAUAAGUUAUGCAAGGAUAUUGUGAGAAUGUAUUACUUUGUUUGUUUUUUAAUCUUACUUUCAUGAGGUUCACCGCUACUAAAAAGCAAUUACCAUUUUUUUUUUACAUGUAUGUGUACAUGUAUUUUUAUUGUUUGUACCCAGUAAAAAAACACAUUGUGAAAACCAAGUUAAUAAUACUGAUCUACGCAAAAUAUUGGUGGGUUUUUAAGAUUCUUUUUUGUGUGUGUUUGAUAUAGGUGUAUUAUAUUACACAAUAAGAUUGGUGGCCAUAGUGAAAGUGAAGUGUGAUGUAUCGAAGCUGCUGUCAGUUACUGGUACAUGGACAGUACCUCAGUUGUUCUUUUAAACACUUAAAUAAUAAUGUCAGAUAAGCUGUGCAAUUAGUAUAAUCAUAUACAAAAUAUGUAAUUGUAUAAUAAGUCGUCAGCGAUUGAUUGUUAUGUAUUUGUUUGUUACUUUAAAAACAUUUUAUCGACUAAAUUAUUUCAAUGUUUUAUAGUAAAUGUAUUUGUGAUGAAGCUUUAAGUUUCAGAAGUUAUAUAUAUAUCUGAAGUAUUUAUAAAUAAGAGGAAGAGGUUUUGUUACAUAUAUGAUGAUAAAAUUGCCAGUUUCCUUUCGCGGUUUGUCUUUGUUUUUGUAAAUUAAUAUAUAAAGCCACAUAUUAUACUACCCACUGGAUAGAGGUUGUUUGUAUCUGAUAUAAGAUUAUUUAUAUGAUGUAUAUAGGACAUUAUCGUGUAUUUAUAAGUUUUAAGGCGAGAUGAAUGUUGAGAUUAUUGGUUGGUUGAUUUUACUGAUUGGUUUUGUUUUUUAGAUGAUCACCCUGGUGUGAUUCUAAACUUACUGUAACAUGAAUCUCCUUGCCAUUAGUUCCCCCCUUAUUAAUAAACAGGUAAAAUAUUUGUUUGGACAUGGUAAACACAUAUUAAAGAUGGACAAGAAUUGAUGAAACAUUUGAAAGAGACACAAGAAUUCAAUUGAUGAAACUUAUGAAAGAUACACGAGAAUUAAUGACAUGUUAGAAAUAUACACAAAAACCAAUGACACAUAUAAAGGGUACACCAGAAUACAGGAAUUGAUAAUGGUCAGGUUAUUCAUUAUUACUAGAUGAAUUUUAAUAAAAAUAAAAUAAUGGUACCAUAAUUGGCCCAAGGGUCCCAUCCUGCCUUCACCCUGCCCUUAGGAAUUAGUCAAUAGUCCCUGGGUGGAAUUGUCAAAUUUGUUCAAAACAUUGAAUAUGAAAAUAUCAUUAAAAGUAACCUCAUUGAAUAUCUGUUCCACUGGCAUCAGACUUUCCUUUUUUUUUUUUAUUUGUCCAUAUGCAUUUAUAUUACUUAAAUACGUCGGAGCAUGUCGGGAUGCCUCUAUUAUCGAUAAUGUAAAAUUGUACCAAAGUCGAGGCAUAUUCUCUGAUUCACAUAAUGGAAGGUUUCGGUGUACUUUCGGUGAUAUAAGACUGUGCCAGGGUUCCUCAGACUCGCAUUGAAGAUUGAAGGUUUGAGGUGCCAUUGUCCACUCUGUUCUCCUUUACUUGUUUGUUUUUCCAAUGUUGCUAGGACCAAUUGCCCAAAUUAUCCAUCAUGUAUCAGCCAUGAUGGUUUUUAGUUUGAUAUCUACAAACAUACAUGAAAUAUGAUAUUUUUAUCGUGUAAUUGUUGUAGUGUGUGGGUUGGGUUUCCUCCUUUUGUCUUUUCUUUAUAGCCACAAGUUUAUCACACAACACUGUCAGCACACACAUUUUGGGCUAGGUUUUGGUGCUAUUUAAUUUACAUGCAUCCUCUAAAGUUAUAUACAGUCAAUACAAAUGUAUAUACAUCUCAAUUUUGGACAAGGUAUAUUUGAAAAUACAGUCUUUGAUAAUAGAGCUGGAAGUUUCUUUUUUUACUAUUUGGAAAGCUUUAACUUAAGAGUGAAAGACUUUUUCAGUCCUAUUUUUCUAUUUUCAAAGCAAAUUUUGUAACUAUUUUUAAAAUGUUCGAAAUUUUUGUAUUUUUCUGACAAAAUCCCUGUAUAUUGCUUUAUUUAACAUCGUCAUCAUCAUUUGUGUAGAGGUAGCUUUAAACAUCAUGUUUACUUUUAAAUAAUAGGCCUGUCAUGUGAUUAGAAGUGGGAAUCAUGUAUACUUUUAAAUAAUAGGCCUGUCAUGUGAUUAGAAAUGGGAAUCAUGUAUACUUUUAAAUGAUAGGCCUGUCAUGUGAUUAGAAAUGGGAAUCAUGUAUACUUUUAAAUGAUAGGCCUGUCAUGUGAUUAGAAAUGGGAAUCAUGUAUACUUUUAAAUGAUAGGCCUGUCAUGUGAUUAGAAAUGGGAAUCAUGUAUACUUUUAAAUGAUACAGUACAUAUAUAUAUAGGAAUCGGUGUUUGUUUUUUCUUCUUAUAUUUGACUAGUAAUUUGACAGACUUUUAAAGAAAGAUAUAUGAUUGUUAAUUUGAUGCCAAAGCUUGUGUUUUAUUCAACAGGAAGUUAAACUUGCCUCCGUGCUGUAACUUGAAUUUGUUUUGUCUUUCUUAUAAAGUGUAAAUACUUGGUGUGUGGUGACUUUCUACAGAGUUGACGGUGUGUUUGAGAUGUUGUGUUGGUUAAAUGAGGCUUUAGUGUAAUGUCUGUAAUAUUUCAGUGAUCUCAAACUCAACAGGUGACAGUUAUACACCAUUACUACCACUUAAAAACCACAAAUUGAGUAGAGUUGAGAUUAAAUUGGAUUAAUUAAUUUUCAUUAAUCCCUCGUCUAGCAUACAGUCGUACAGAUGUCUCACAGUUUACCAGUCAGACAUCCAUAUCAUCAUAUCUACUAGUACAUAUGUAAUACACAGAGUAAUAACUGAGUUGACUUGAUUUACACACAUGUAUACAAACAACAUCAACUAUGACAUUAGUUUAGAUGUGUGUUGGUAUAAAUAGCAGUUGCUUUCUGUAUCCACAGUUUAUAUAUAGUAUACAUACAAACUCAAAAGUAGAAUACUGCCAAAUGUGUUGAUGUCUAAUAACACGGUUUAUAAUAGGAAUAGAUAAAAGUUACUUUAAUGUGUGUUUUUUUUUUUUUUUUAAAUGUGUUGAGUUAAAAUACAUGCAGUACAGCGUUAAACCCAAUCAUUCAGUUCCAUGGGAAUAGGUUUUCGAGGGUUGAUUUGUACAAACUAAAACAUUCAUGUACAUGCAGAGUCUAGGUGAAAAACAAAACAGUUCAUGCACUGUUAACAAUGACUCGAUGUCGUAGAAAUGUAUCUGCAGUUGAAGUAUUAAAACUGAAGAAAAAAUAUUCUCCAGACCAUCGAAUUAGAUGCUAUCUAAUAAUAUAAGUCCAUGUCCAGACAAAAGCAAUAUGUUCGAAAUUUCGAAAUGGAAGAGUUUUUGAAAGUCAACAACUUUUAAAAAGCAAAAUUUGAAAACUAGCGUUUUAUAUGGCUUUGUUGCCUUUGAAUCAUGUCAGGUCUAUGCAAUCUUUACAUAGACCUAUUAUCCCACUUUAUGAGUAAUUACGAUGUGGUGUUCUCCUUUAGGAGUAGACAAUCGAUCAGUACUAUCAGUGUAGUCAGACUGCCCUAUCAGCAUAAUAUAUCUUUAACAAUUAUUGUGAAUAUUUUUUCUUGGAAAAUUCAGGAAGCAUCAUUGUAAAGGAGCAUGAAGAAGAUGAAACAAUAAUUUGAAUGACCUUUUGUGUUGUUUUGUUGCUGUGGUAACCACCGAGUUAUCAGUGAUUGAGCAGUGAUGUAUGUGACUUGGGUGUAAUCUACAUUCCCGUAUCCAGGUGUCAAAUCUAUCCUCACUUUCUCAUGGCUUUCCUCAUAUUUUAGCUGUACAAGUACAUCCCCAUCUUUAUGAUAGAGAUUAAUCAAUCCUCUAUCAUUACAAGGAUAGGACUGGAAUAUCUAUCAUUUGUACAUAUAUAUGUUCAUGAUAUUGUUUACUACGGUUUUUCUUCAAAUUCUUUAGUAAAGGUAUUUUUUACGGUAAAUUUCUUUGGCACAUGUUAUCUGUAAAUUACAUAGUUAAGUAAUUAAUAAAUAUGAUAACAGUGAUACAGACUAGUCUAAUCGGCUGAAAAGUCAACUAUUAAUUCAAUUUUGUCAAAUGUCAGAAACAUUUUGUAUUUACACCGUAGUACUUGCAAUAUUCUCUCGUGAUAUUUAUUUUACAUUUUGUUUAAUCAAUGACAUAUAGAAUAUACAUUUUCUGUUAACAAUCCUUACACUUGUAAAGUUAAAUGCAUAAUAAAAAGGAAUACAUGUAUGUAUCUAUAUAUAAAUGUAUUUACGUGCUAAUGUAUACAUGAUUGUUCCAUAGUAUCUCACCAUAGUAACAGUGUAUAUAUAUGUAGGUUUUAUUAACAAGUUCUUUUGACAUGUUGGUACAUUUCCUUAUAAUCAAAAUUGUUUCUUUUUUGUCUUGGUUGAUCAUUGGAUUGUCAUCCAAUGUUAUUUGUUAUCGAUUUCAUCGAAGAAACAAGUAAUGGGUGUUUGAAUGGUUUUGGAGUAAAAUGGAACAUUUUAUAUAAAAACAAGUUUCUAUAAAAAAAACUUGUAGCUAUCCAUGUUUUUGUGAAGUUCCCUAUUUUUGUAAAUGUAGAUUUUACUAAUAUUAUUUUGUAGAUCAGUUCGCAAUAUAGUUUUUUUCUGUUGUUUUGACAAUAAAUGUAGUUGCUAGGAUACCAAAUGAUGCAAUAUUCCAGCAAGGAAAACCUCGUGCUUCAGAAUAUUUUUGUCAUAUUAGAAAAUAUCCGGGACAUUUCCUCUGGUCAGUCCUUUAUCAGAGGUCACUUAUUCUAAACUUUACUAUGUAUUGACGACGAGUAACUCAUCAGGCUACAAAUAUUGGAAAUGUUUUAAAAAUUCAGACAUUUAUGUGACUAGUUGAUACACUUUUUAACAUGUAAACCGGGUUGUAGUACUAAUGAAGAAGUUGUGUUUCCCGUGUCGUGUGUACCCAGGCUUUAUAAUUUACAGUCUAGUCAUUACAGAUGGAAUGUUCAGUUGUAAGUGGUGGUGAUGGUUUUGUUACCCUAUCCUGGAAUAUAAUAAAGACAAAUUACACUAGUAA